AUGAAUAGAAAUAAUGCAAGCCCAAUCGCCAGACACGAUCAUGGUCCUAUGAUAAAUACAACCAACAUCCCAAUCGAAAGGUCAUCCUGUAACAGCGUACAACUGGAUAAUCUAGAAAUAAAUUAUGCAAAUCCAAGUAUCACUGAAAUCCUAUCGGCUAAAUCUAAAACAUCAGCUAGGUCGAGGAAAAAUAAUGCAAGUUUAAUCACCAUCGAAAUUCCAUCUCCCAAACAAAAUUCAACCCAAAACUACUAUAAUCACCACCCGAACAAAAAUAACAUUGAUCCUGCCAACACAGACAAAACGAAAACAUUUUUAAAAUCGAAAUUUGUGUCCCUUGAAAAUCUAGUAUUUAGAUUAACAG